CUCCACUGACAUCAGAGCCGCAGGCGGGCGGAGAGAGCCGCCGAGCCGAGCCGAGCCGAGCCCCAGCCCCAGCGAGAGCGCGCGCGGGUGGCCCAGGCACCCAGCGGUGAGGACCGCGGCCACAGCUCGGCGCCAACCACCGCGGGCCUCCCAGCCAGCCCCGCGGCGGGGCAGCCGCAGGAGCCCUGGCUGUGGUCGGGGGGCAGUGGGCCAUGCCGGGGGCAGUGGAAGGCCCCAGGUGGAAGCAGGCGGAGGACAUUAGGGACAUUUACGACUUCCGAGAUGUUCUGGGCACGGGGGCCUUCUCGGAGGUGAUCCUGGCAGAAGAUAAGAGGACGCAGAAGCUGGUGGCCAUCAAAUGCAUUGCCAAGAAGGCCCUGGAGGGCAAGGAAGGCAGCAUGGAGAAUGAGAUUGCUGUCCUGCACAAGAUCAAGCACCCCAACAUUGUAGCCCUGGAUGACAUCUAUGAGAGUGGGGGCCACCUCUACCUCAUCAUGCAGCUGGUGUCGGGUGGGGAGCUCUUUGACCGUAUUGUGGAAAAAGGCUUCUACACGGAGCGGGACGCCAGCCGCCUCAUCUUCCAGGUGCUGGAUGCUGUGAAAUACCUGCAUGACCUGGGCAUUGUACACCGGGAUCUCAAGCCAGAGAAUCUGCUGUACUACAGCCUGGAUGAAGACUCCAAAAUCAUGAUCUCCGACUUUGGCCUCUCCAAGAUGGAGGACCCGGGCAGUGUGCUCUCCACCGCCUGUGGAACUCCGGGAUACGUGGCCCCUGAAGUCCUGGCCCAGAAGCCCUACAGCAAGGCUGUGGAUUGCUGGUCCAUAGGUGUUAUCGCCUACAUCUUGCUCUGCGGUUACCCUCCCUUCUAUGACGAGAAUGAUGCCAAACUCUUUGAACAGAUUUUGAAGGCCGAGUACGAGUUUGACUCUCCUUACUGGGACGACAUCUCUGACUCUGCCAAAGAUUUCAUCCGGCACUUGAUGGAGAAGGACCCAGAGAAAAGAUUCACCUGUGAGCAGGCCUUGCAGCACCCAUGGAUUGCAGGAGAUACAGCUCUAGAUAAGAAUAUCCACCAGUCGGUGAGUGAGCAGAUCAAGAAGAACUUUGCCAAGAGCAAGUGGAAGCAAGCCUUCAAUGCCACGGCUGUGGUGCGGCACAUGAGGAAACUGCAGCUGGGCACCAGCCAGGAGGGGCAGGGGCAGACGGCGAGCCAUGGGGAGCUGCUGACACCAGUGGCUGGGGGGCUGGCAGCUGGCUGUUGCUGUCGAGACUGCUGCGUGGAGCCGGGCACAGAACUGUCCCCCACACUGCCCCACCAGCUCUAGGGCCCUGGACCUCGGGUCAUGAUCCUCUGCGUGGGAGGGCUUGGGGGCAGCCUGCUCCCCUUCCCUCCCUGAACCGGGAGUUUCUCUGCCCUGUCCCCUCCUCACCUGCUUCCCUACCACUCCUCACUGCAUUUUCCAUACAAAUGUUUCUAUUUUAUUGUUCCUUCUUGUAAUAAAGGGAAGAUAAAACCA